AUGUCAAAAGAUAUUGUCCAAGAAAUGGCUGCCUCAUUGCGUUCAACGCGAGCUCAACUUGACGUUGUCAAUGCACAAAUUGCGCAAUUAGAGAGACAACGUAAGAUAGCACAGGUAACAACCAAAGAACUGGAUUCUUAUCCUGUUGAACAGGUUUGGAGAUCAUGCGGAAAGAUGUUCAUCCUUCAGGACAAGGAAAAGUACACUGAAGAUUUGUCUCGCGACGAGAAAACUGUGGAAGAGCAAAUGAAGGCUCUAAAGAUCAAGCAAAAUUAUUUACAAACUACAGUGGAAAACACCGUUGAGAGUUUGAGAAGAGUUGUUCAGCAAUAA